AUGAAUGGCCUGACUCAGGAUCUUGUAGUACGAGUGCCAGUUCAGAGUAUUUCGCAAAAGAACGGCGAAAAACGGCCCAAUAAAGCGCCGCCUAUUCAGAAACAAAAAUGUGCACCAAAUAUCCUGGAAGAAGACACUUAUCAGCAGGCAAUUAGUGAUAUUAUUAAGAGGGAUUUCUUCCCAGACCUGCUGGAGAUGGAAGCAAACGAAAAAAUGCAAGAACAGGGCCUGGAAAUGGCAGAGAACAUGGGCAGUGGCGAUGCCGCUAAAAACACAUCAAAACCAGGAGAAAACACAAGAUAUACACACGAGGAGACAGCUUCCUCGGAACUGACUCGUAACAUGUCGCUAGAUCAGUUCCAAGCAAAGUAUACGUCGGAAGAUAAUGCAUCUUUUAUAGAUAUCCUGAAUGAACAGAAUCAGAGGCAGCGGGAUGCGUAUGAUUGGGCAUGGAACAACAACAAAAUCAAUACUGAUCGAGUGAAUGAAGAGAGCCGUCGGGCACUGCUCAAGUCCUCCAAUGUCCCCCAAAUAGGAUGGGUCGAUGACCGGCCUUCCCAGCCAGAAGCUUGGCCAUUCAAUCCGAUGAAUGCACUUAUGUUUCACCCUGAAACUGACCACACAAAGCCAAAAAUACUUCCCCUUGGCUUCGAAAAGUCAAUUACUUAUCAUGCAACACGGAUGCCUCCCGCUCAAUUCAGCCGUCCUGCUUCUCCUUCAACAGGAACCGCCUCCAAUCUCUAUGACGAGCCCCUCGUUGCUGGCUGGGGCUUUGUAGACGAGCCCUCUCCAUCCCCGCUUCUUUCAAACUCACGGACUCCUACCUCCCGGCUCCCUCAGACUCCCCGCCGAGCUUUCAAAAUGCCCGAUAUACCCCACCGGGAGGCCCUUCACCACCGUAUCACCGACCAGCUCAAAAAAAAAAAGACAAAGACGCCUAUUCCUUCUCUCAAAAAACUGUCCACCCUCUCCACCCCCGAUCUCCGCAUGGCAAUGCUCAGCCCUGGUGGCCGUCUCCUUCUUGCUGCUUCCGGACGUCAUACUUCCCUCAGAAACGACCUCAAAACCCCCCGAAUGUCUUCUCUCCUUGCAAACUCCUCUUCCGACUUUACUCCUCGUGCUGCAUAG